UCAUGGGGCCCCAGGCAAUAGGGGAUCAUGGGGCUCCUGUAUCCUUGCCCAAACUCAAAAAAGCCUAUGAAAAAGGUACCAGGGGCAUCUCAUGGGGCCCCCUACUGACCCCGGGCCCUCGGGCAGUGCUCGAGUUUCCAAAUGGUCAGUCCGCCCCUGAUUCUGCCCCUGCCUGUCACUGUAGUUUAAUAAUGUUUCUUUCUCUCAUCCAUUGAGGGACACAGAAAUUCAGAUACAGUCAGGUUAUAUACCUCCAGGAGGAUCGGACAAUGGCAAACAAAAUAAUUAUAGGCCAGCC